AUUUUUGCCACCUCAAACUCGUCCUAUCCUCAACCAACCGACCCUACUACCCCCACCCCCGCCACCAUCACCCGACGACGACGACGACGACCAACGAACCAGAAGCUUCAACUACUCUUAUCCACUCUCUCUCCUUAGCAAUAAAUUACGCGUUUCCUCUUCUCACCAUGUAUAUAAACGCAAUGUUUGCUCAAAACGACGCUUCAACUGUGGCGUUUAUUGCCAAACCACCGAUAUUCAAUCUUCAGACAUAUCCUCCAACCUCGAAUUCGCCGCCAUCGUUGGCAAAGAUCGUCUUCUGAAGGUUCCUAUUUCAAAUAUAAGAAACUUCUGCAUUAUUGCACAUAUUGAUCAUGGGAAAUCGACACUAGCAGAUAAGUUGCUUCAAAUGACGGGUACAGUGCAAACGCGAGAAAUGAAGGAACAGUUUCUUGAUAACAUGGAUCUAGAGAGAGAAAGGGGCAUCACUAUCAAACUACAGGUCUAUAUCCUGACCUAG